GGAAGGCGAUUUCACUCUAAUUGUAAAUUAGAAUGAAGAAUAGCAUAUGGAUCACUAUUCCGGAAAUAUAUUAUCAUGGAAAUAAAGUUCGAAGUACCUGUCUGUGAAACAUCCGAGAGAUUUCAAGUGACGAGACCGGAAGUGUGAGAUAUCGAGAGCUCGAACUUGUGCCUUUAGCCAGUCAUAACCUAGCGUAACCCGUGAAACGAGCCAAGGGGCCUUUCGUCGUUGCGCGGAGCGGUCGGAGCUUUCUCGACGGAAACAUGUGGCUGGAGGAGUGCGACAGUUUCGCCGAGCUCUGUCGGGGAUACCUGCCGUAUUAUCUGCUGAUAGUCCUGCCGAUCUUCAUCAUCAUAUCCCCGGUCAAUCCCGUGGCCGCCUCGCACGAGUUCCCCGUGUAUCGCAUGCAUCAGUAUGACUUGCAUGGAGUCCCACACGGUUGCCGAAACGCCCCAGUCUCCUUGGAGGCAAGAUCACUGAGUGGAUGGAGCACCUCCAGGCACUGCGUCGUCGCGAAAGCCCUGGACAUCACACCGUCCAUCUUCCAGUCAAUUAAGAGCAAGGCUGGGGCAUUGGUGAUUGUGUUACCUGAGAAAAUUAAUGAGCUCACAACAGAAGAGAAGCAACAUAUUAUGAACCUAGAAGAGUCCAUGAUGUACGGCUCCGAGACGAUGAUACCAGUGUACUUUGCACUGUGGCAUCCAGAGCUUCAGAUCAUUCUCGAUGAUAUCGCCAGUGGAUUUAUCACCGACGAGAAGGCUGGCUCGGCGGCAGAAGCUAUGUACAACUCAAUUUCCGCGAGUGGUUAUCAAGUGGUGGUAGCCACUGCACAGGCACUUCCCAAAACGGACGUUAAAGUCGCUACACUGCAUGGCAAAUUAACUGGAACUGGCGCCGAAGAGAAAUUACCUACCAUAGCGAUCGUGACACAUUACGACAGCUCCGGUGUGGCACCUGAAUUAUCGUUUGGCGCGGACAGUAACGCUUCCGGCAUAGCUAUGCUACUAGAAUUAGCGAGACUGUUCUCCGCUUUGUACUCCACUGGUAGGUCAAGGCCGCAGUACAAUAUUGUUUUUAUUGCGACUGGAGCUGGGAAAUUAAAUUAUCAAGGUAGCAAGAAAUGGCUGGAGGAUCAGUUAGAUGGAACCGAGGGAUCUAUCAUACAAGACGCAGCUUAUGUAAUAUGUCUCGACACCGUUUCCGCGAGCGAGAAUUUGUACGUGCACGUGUCGAAGCCACCCAAAGAGAACUCGACGGGUGGACUAUUUUACAGAGAACUUAAGACCAUUUCGCAGACGUUGAACACUAUCAACGUCGAGGGCGUGCACAAGAAGAUCAAUCUUGCAGAAGAAACGCUAGCCUGGGAACAUGAAAGGUACAGCAUUCGCAGAUUGCCAGCUGCGACCUUGUCCACGUUGAAGAGCCACGAAGAUCCAGUCAGAGCUACUAUACUAGACGUCGCGACGGAAGGGCAAAUAGACAAAUUGUACGAGCACACUCAGGUUGUGGCGGAAGCAUUAGCACAUCAUAUAUAUAACUUGAGUUCUAGUCAAAUCUUCGCUGGUCCACUGGAUGUAUCAAAGGAAUCGCUCUCCUUGUGGUUCAACUACUUCGCCUCUCAGCCACGAGCAGCAUCAUUGUUGGCGGAUAAGCAUAACUUACUAGUCGGUACGCUGAAGGAAGCAAUGGGGAGAUAUCUGGGAGAUGUUAAAGUUACCUUCCAUACUCCUGACAAGCGAGAUCCAGAAUUUGUAUUCUACGAUGUCGCGAGAGCGACUCUGAAUGUAUAUAGUGUAAAACCGGCUGUGUUUGAUCUCUUUCUUACGAUCGGCAUAAUUUUGUACUUGGGCGUGUUGUACAUGAUCGUGCACAAUUUCCCGCACGCUUAUUCUCUGGCGACGAAACUUUCCGCGAAGAACAAGGCGGCUUGAAUCUUAUCCUUGCAUUCGCAAGCGAAAACCCAAGUUUCUUGGACAUUAAUUUCUAAUAACGUUAAAUAAUUGAUCUACAUUGUUAAGAAUGUAUUAGAUUUAUUAGAUAGUAUAUCUCCAAAGUACCGCAACAUAAUUAUAUACUGAUUUAGGUAUUGUACCGUAUCUAAAUUCAAGUGUACAAGUUUCUAUGUCCUAUUUCAAAUUUUUUAUUGUAAAAUAACCACAAAGAAUGUGUAAACUAUAAAUUAUACUAUGAACUAUAAAUUGUAAAGUAUAUGUAUAUAUAUUUUACGGAAAUGGUUAUUCUAUAGGCGUAAUAAUUACAAUCGUAAAAAUUUAGCAGGAAGUUUGUAUUUCUAUAUGUAAUAUUUUGUUUCCUUUGCCUCAAGCAUACCACAGUGAUUGUAAUAGUUAUCGCUAUUAUACAUUAUAUCAUUGCGUAUUUAUAACGAUGCUCAGAACAUUGCGAUCCUUUCUUAAUCUCUUCCAGCAAUAACAGAAUGCUUAGAGCAUUGAAGAGAAAUAAAAUAUUUUCUUGUAAAUAGGUAAUUGUUCUCUAGUUGAACUGCCGUAUGAGAAAACGUGAUAAUUAAGACCAAGUUACGAUCGACCAAAUAGUGAGAUGUUAAAAUGCAAAUUAUAAUGUAAAGACUGGAGAAUUUAUUGUGUAGAAAUAUGAACAGAUAAACAGAGCUAUAGAUAUAUAUAAAAUUUAGCAUAACGUAUUUAAUAGGUGUUUUUAGCUCUAUAUUUAUCAAAAAUAAUUUUAUAAAUGGGAUAUGGUUUUCACCGAUUUUAAUAUUCACUAGAAAUCAGCUCAAUUCCUUGUAUUUAAUAAUUAAAUAGAAAUUCUUUUCAUCUAAUUUCUUACCUUUCUUCAUAUACACAGAAAAAUAUGUUUAUGGAAUAAUACGGACAAAAAAUGGCAUCAACAGUUGAAGAUUAUAACACUUAGAACAAGUAUAUGUAUAAUACAAUAUAUAAUAUAUACACACAAGCAA